AAAAAACAUAAGCAGAAAAUCCGCGAAGUGUUUCCUUUAGUAAGCAUAAAAGGUUGUGUCUUUCACUGGGUGCAAUCUGUGUGGCGGAAAGUACAAGAGUUAGGCCUAGCCACCGCCUACCGAACCAACCAGGCCAUCCACCAGUAUAUUCGGCAGUUGAUGGCGUUGCCGUUCCUGCCUGCCGGACACAUAACCGAGACGUUCCAUCAGCUUCAGGCCCGUGCAAACUCCGUCCAACUGACACAGCUAGUGGACUACGUAAAUCGUCAAUGGAUAAACAACGCCAUCUUUCGGGUUGAAGAUUGGAGCGUCUUCAGGCGUUCGAUUAGAACAAAUAAUGAUGUAGAAGGCUGGCAUCAUCGACUCAACAGCCAGGCACAUCAUGGUGCAGUGCCCUUCUACGUGCUGGUACCAGCCCUGCGCAAGGAAGCCGAGAUGGUGGACAUCAGCGUGCAGUCUUCCGACCUGGAGCGUGAGCAGCGUUCGUCAACCGUCAAUGCACGCCUGGAAGAAUACUGGACAAAGUAUUCAAAUGGCGAAGUGUCCACAUCCACCUUUUUGAAGGCUGUUUCGCACUUGUAUGGACCCUCUGAGUGAAGUGAAUGAAAAGAUAAUACGGGUGUUAAGUGUUGUGUUCAUUGUACACUGUAUUUGUUUCAUGUACAUAUUUGUAAGAUUAAUGUAAAUGUGUUGCAUAAUGUGUUCAUUGUAUUAUACUAUAUUCUGUAUUGUUGUUCUGUUCACUGAAUUUGUUUCAUGUACAUAUGUAUUGAUUAAUGUAAAGUUGUAACAUAAGUUUUCAUUAAUUAAUAUAAUGUAAAUGUGUUGCAUAAUAUGUUCUUGUAUUAUACUAUAUUCUGUAUUGUUGUUCUGUUCACUGUAGUUGUUUCAUGUACAUAUGUAUUGAUUAAUGUAAAGGUGUAACAUAAAGUUUUCAUUAAUAUUUAUAAUAAACAAUAAGAGAAAAUUACUGGCAUUCGACGGCUUUGUUACAUACACGCUUA